AGGUUUUAAAGGUGGUUUCAAAAGAUCUCAACAAUAACUACACCUUACACAAAUAUAUAAACCAAAAACUUUGUACAAAUAAGUAAUAUACUAUAAUAUAUAAUCUACUAUUAUAUAUGUAUAACUAUCAAUUAUUUUACUAUGUACAUUCAGCAUCUUCUGGGACAUACUUUCGCUCUCAAAGUAAAAAAAAAAAAUUACCACAAUAUUUAAGUCUAAAGGUCGUACAGCGUGCUGCUAGGGAUGGUCUCAGUUGCUUCCACAUACAACUAUUUUUUCACAUUCAACUAUUUCUGAGUAAAUCGAAUGCAAUGAAAGAAAUCACUGGUUGUUGUAUCAUCAUUUGUGCGCGUUAAAGUAUUUUAAGCAAUUACACGUGUACUAAAUAUCACUUAUUUUAACAUGAUAACGAUUUACAGAUCAAUAAAGCCCUCUUGUGCUGUAUGUUUAUUUAGGUUAUCAGUGCACAUUAUAAAUUAACUUGACCGCAAACAGUUCUUUUGGCGCAACUCCAGAAGGGACCGCCCAUCGAAAUGUAUCCCCCAAUAAGCACAAGGCCUUGCGCGUUCGGCCACGCCCCUCGCAAAUCCGUGAAGUUUCGCCUGGACUGCAGCGCUCGGUCGGAAGAGCCGUUAGAUAAUUGCGAGUUCGGAUAUUUCACCGUAACCAGGCUGUUGAGUAUGUGGACUGCGGACAUGUGCGACUGAAACGCGCGCGCUGAACUGUCGGCUCUUGACAGCAGGGUGCUCAGUCCGUGCACGCGCCGAUCUGCGGUAAUCUGCGCGGGGGACUCGGAGUCGGAGAUGGCCGCCCGGUCCCGGGACGAGCAGCGAGCGGAGGAGAAGCAGCAGGAGGAGGAGGAAGAGGAGUUCGAGUGGCUUCUGCGGGAGAUCGGCGGCAAGGAGAGAAUCCACCUCGUCAGCGAUGCCUGCGGCGGGGCCGAAGACGGAGCUCGAGGCCGGGUCCUCGAGGAGUUCGUGCGGGUGGUGUUCCCACGCGCCCCCGCCGACUCGCAGCCGGCGUGCGACAACAACGUGAAUGGGCUCGCGAGCCCACAGCACACGCGUGCAGUUGAGAAGGGGGAUCCGGGCUCGGAGGACGUACACGCGGACGCGGACGCGCUCGCGAAGCCAGACAGCUCCCGCGCGAGCCGGAGAGCCCGCCGCGUGGCGCGCACCAUCGACUCCGCACUCGUCAUCUUCGUCUUCACGCGGGAGUUUCUCACUCGUGACCGCGGCGGCCUGUGCGUGAAGGAGAUCCUGAAGGACGUGCGGGGCCGCCUGCGAAAGGGCUGCGUGCCGCCCGCGCUGCUCGGCUUGGUGUACGGCGCGGAGGUCCCCGCGCAGCCGUGCGCGUGCCUGGGGCUCUUGGAAGAGCUUCUGCGCACGUUGUUCUCGCGCCAGCCGCCCGAGGCCAUCUGGGUGGGACAGUUCGCACCGGGGACCCCCGAAGUGGUUCAAGCGAUAAAGAGGAACGUCUGCAGGACCGUGCGAGCCUCACUUUGCAAAGGUAGCGCUGUGGACAGAAAGAGCCCCUUCUUGCGGAUGCUUCACUGCUUCCCAUGGACUCGCAGGGGAAGAUACAGGGAAGGACCUUCAACACACAGACAACCAGGGGGACCGGAGAUUGCAGAAGAGGACAUUCCGCUGCAGAAAACCUCAGUGCCCGAUGGGGAGCAGAAGGACUGCAGCAUCAGCGGGAAAUAUGUCGAAGACAAUCAUCACUGUCAGUCCACCUGAAGAGCUGAUGCCAUAACUGAGAUGCUACUGAUUUUCACUACAAUCACUAAAAUUAUGCUAAAAGUGACAUUUUGCGUCUUUUAAAUGCUUUUUUUAAGUGUAAUACUAUAUGAAGCAGCAAAAUAUAUAGCUUUUUGAGCUAGGUGCAGAAAUACGUAACAAUCGACCUCAGCUGUCUUUAAAUUACUCAUGUAUACUGUGACCAGAUGAAGGCUGAUAUAUGUAAACCUGCUGACUACAUUGGCACAAAUGUGUGUAAUACCUGGUGUUACGGUAAGUCUCAUUGUGGGAUGAAAUGUUAACUCAAUCAAGCUAAGAAUCUGCUGCCUGAAAUCUUACAUGAGAAGAUCUACAGCUGCUGAAUUACUUUGUCAUUUUGCUAGGAGAAUCUUAUGAUGAACCUUUUUAAUGAGAACCUUUGCCUUGUUAUUUUCCAUCUGCUUAGAUUGUCCUGGAGUAGUAAAUUAUAGCACUCACAAAGUGAAAAACUGAAGAACUGU